AAUUCAUCAACUUUGUAAUUUCGAAAUACAUCCGCGUUCCCCCGUGAGUGGGAGAAAACCCAAAUCUGGAACCAGUUCUUCUCCUCUUCGGGUCUGGUCCGUCCUCCGUGCUCGGAGCUGAGAAACCAUGGAAACUCCAUCAGAGCCCACAGAGGAGAGCAUGGCGAGCAUCAAAGACAAGCGUCAGCAACUUGAAACUCGCAUCCUCACCCAACAUUCUACCCAUUUGGAGCUCCUCUCUUCACUUCAAGCUCUCGUUCCUGAUAUCGUCUCCUCCCUCGACCUUUCUCUCAAGGUCGUCUCCUCCUUCAAUGGCCGCCCCUUUACUCCUACACCCCUUCUUCCUGAACCCAAAAUUAAACUCUCUAAAUACCCUUCGUCGGCUAGUAACUCCACACCCCUAAAACCCCGCCCUAAUCCUCUGUCGUCGGGAGAAGCGAAACCCGCGAUUCAGAAGAAUCAGAAUGCUAAGGUGGGCUCAGAAUCGA